AUGACGUGUUGGGAAAAAUUACCUCCUGAAAUCCUUGUUAUGAUAUUUGAGUAUUAUGUCUCAACAAACAGUCAAAAGGAUUUAAUGUAUUGUGUUGCAGAAGUAUGCACUUCUUGGAGGAAUGCAUGCUUAGAUACCCAGCUUUGGAAAACUUUUGAUGGGACCUUGACAGUUUCAAAGCUGCUUAAUUUCUGUAAGAGAGGAGUAUUGAUAAAUACAACUAAGUUAUAUUUUCCUAAGAAUUGCGAGAAGCCAUCUAGCGAAACGAUGGAUAAAAUUUUGCGCGAAAUGCCGAACUUAAGAUACAUCAAUCUAAAUGCAAUUCAUCAAUUUCCUAAAGAUUUUUUCCAUCUGCUCGCAAAGUAUGGCAAAAAACUGAAUGAAAUUGAUUUUUCAGGAGCGAAGUCCAUUAACGAUCUUUACAUGGUUCAAUCAAAGCACAUGGAAGAGUUCUUUUCAGCAUGUGGCUUGAAUUUGCUCAGCUUAAAUCUUUCUGGUCGAAGAUUUUCCAGCCUUCAAAGUAUUCUCAAACGUGUAUUAGAAUUCUGCCCCAAUCUGCAAGAGUUUAUUUGUCUUAAUAGUUCUUGUAAGUACGAUGCGUCUCAUGCAAAAGUAACUAUCAGUAUUAGUGAAUUUCAGAAACAAUGUCCAAAGUUAAAUGUAUUGCGUAUAACUCCUCAUUUCAUUUUUAGUAGUAAAAAAUCUGAUUCUGAGUCUACUGAUGGAUUUCCAGAUUUAGAAGUACUGACAAUGCAUAGUGAUAAUUUAAACGAAUUACUAAUAAAUGAUGCAUCAUUGUCAAGUCUUUUGUUUAAAUCCACCAAGCUGAAGGUACUCGAUAUUCGUGGAAGUUAUUACAUCACUGCGUCCUGCUUAGCUGAACUGCCUGCAACUGAUUUGGAAUACUUAUACUUAUCAAACACGCACAUUCUUCAUCCUUCACGGCUGGACAAAAUUUCGUUGAGAAACAUGUUUGAAAAAUGGCGCCAUAGUUUGAAAGUACUUGAUAUAUCCAGAUUUCGAGAUGAUUAUGUAAAUGAUGUAGUUUUAAUUCUUGCCUCACAACCUGAUUCAAAGUUAGAAACUUUAAAUGUAACUGAGACAAGAAUAAUCAUUGAUUCAGUGUAUAAGAUUUUAACAUCAUUUCCAAAUUUAAAACAGCUGAAUUUAGAAUCCUGCCGAAAUUUAGGAAGAGGAAUGAAACGUUCGUACAAUGGAAAGUUUGAACUGCAAUCUUUAUUUAAUAGAUUUCUUAGUGGUGAAAAAAUUACACAAUGUGAUUGAAUUAAUUUUUAAUGUUAACGGAUGUACAGGGUAUUUCAUUUAGCACC